GCGGAGCUCCAAACUGACCAAUAACGAAUCGCGUUUUCCCCUCUUUAAUCAGGAAGCUGUGUUGUGGUGACAGCUGCGCCAUGAUUUCUCCUCCACAACAACACCAGGAGGAAGAGUUGAACCGUUAGAACAAACUACAACGUCUGAGAAGCUCACAGAUCCGCCCGGGUUGGAGAAGCACCGCAGGCGUCAUGCUGUCGGACGCAGAUUACUCUGGGAAUCCGUCUGGAGCCCGGAGAGGCAAGAAGAGGAGCUCCGGGGAGUCACCGGGAGACGGACAGACCCUCCGCUCCUCUGGACGGCAGAUCAACGUCCGGGUGAAGCGAACCAACAACCCUCCACCUGGACAGAGCAAGCGAAAAGCCACGGACACGGAGGAGGAAGAUGACCAGUCGGAGAAGAAGUACAGAAAAUGUGAGAAGGCUGGAUGUUCGGCCGUUUACCCCGUUUGUUUUGCAAGCGCAUCUGACAGGUGUGCUAAAAAUGGAUACACAUCUCGCUGGUAUCACCUGUCGUGUGGAGAACAUUUCUGCAACGAGUGCUUCGAUCAUUAUUACAGAAGUCACAAAGACGGCUACGAGACGUUUGCUUCGUGGAAGAAGGUUUGGACGAGUAACGGGAAGAGUGAGCCCAGUCUGAAAGCUUUCAUGGCUGAUCAGCAGCUUCCGUUCUGGGUUCAGUGCACCAAACCGGACUGCAGGAAGUGGCGUCAGCUGACCAAAGAGAUCCAGCUCACCGCCUCGCUGGCAGCGUCGUACCGUUGCGGGAUGAAGUUCAACAACAUCAAGAGUGAGGGACCCGACCAGUGCUCCCAGCCAGAGGACUUGAGAGUAGCUGAGGUGACCGACAGCUGGUGGCACUCCAUGCUCAUUUUACCUCCGCUGUUCAAAGAAAGCCCAGCGAGUCCUUUCCUGGCCGCCUACUACCCCGACUGUGUGGGGAUGAGUCCGUCUGGGUCUUCCAUGUCUCAGACCGAGCUGAGGGCCGAUCACUGCAGAGCCGUGCAGCCGCAAAUUCCAGGCCUGUGUCCGUACUUCCAGCCCUUCUACCAGCCCAACGAGUGCGGUAAAGCUCUGUGUGUGCGGCCGGAUAUGAUGGAGCUGGACGAGCUUUACGAGUUCCCGGAGUUUUCCCGAGAUCCCACCAUGUAUCUGGCUCUGCGUAACCUUAUCCUGGCCUCCUGGCACCAAAACUGUAAGGAGGUGCUGACUUCCCAGAAAUGCGCUCUGCACAUCAUAGUUCGGGGUCUGGUUCGUGUUCGCUGUGUGCAGGAGAUGGACCGAGUGCUGUACUUCAUGACCAGGAAGGGCCUCAUCAACACGGGUGUCCUGGCAGUGAAACGGCCGCUGCUGCCAGAACGGUAUCGCUCAAAGAACGUGAUAGUCAUCGGUGCUGGACCUUCAGGUCUGGCUGCUGCACGACAGCUGCACAACUUUGGCACUCAGGUGGUGGUGCUCGAGGCCAGGGAGAGGAUCGGCGGUCGGGUUUGGGACGAUGCUUCUCUGGGCGUCACUGUUGGUCGAGGAGCUCAGAUCGUCAACGGCUGUGUGAACAACCCCAUCGCCCUGAUGUGUGAACAGAUGGGCAUCAAGAUGCACAAGCUGGGGGAGCGAUGCGACCUGUUCCAGGAGGGAGGACAGGUGACCGACCCGGCCAUCGACAAGCGCAUGGACUUCCACUUCAACGCCAUCCUGGACGUGGUGUCAGAGUGGAGGAAGGACAAGUCGCAGAGCCAGGACACACCACUGGGAGAAAAAGUCCAGGAAGUGAAGAAGAACUUCCUCCAGGAGUCUGGGAUCCAGUUCAGUGAGUUGGAGGAGAAAGUUCUUCAGUUUCAUCUCAGCAACCUGGAAUACGCCUGUGGAAGCACGUUAGACCAGGUAUCGGCCAGAUCCUGGGACCACAAUGAGUUUUUCGCCCAGUUCUCAGGAGAUCACACUUUACUCACUAAGGGCUACGCCGUUCUACUCCACAAGCUGGCUGAAGGCCUCGACAUCCGCACAAAAUCUCCGGUUCAGGCCAUCGACUACUCAGGUGAUGUUGUCAAAGUUACUUCUUCUAACGGGUCUCAAUGGACGGCACAGAAGGUCCUCGUUACAGUCCCACUGACGCUGCUGCAGAAGAACAUGAUCCAGUUCAACCCCCCACUUCCUGAAAGGAAACUGAAAGCGAUCCACAGUCUGGGAGUCGGGAUCAUAGAAAAGAUCGCUCUUCAGUUCCCGUACAGAUUCUGGGGCAACAAAAUCCAAGGAGCAGAUUACUUCGGUCACAUCCCACCAGGUCCUGAGAAGAGAGGCAUGUUCAGCGUCUUUUAUGACCUCGACCCACAGGGGAAGCAGGCUGUGCUGAUGUCUGUGAUCACCGGUGAUGCUGUUCCUGCUGUUAGAGACCUGGAGGACAAGGAGGUGGUGGACGAGUGCAUGAAGGUCCUGAGAGAACUUUUCAAAGAGCAGGAGGUCCCAGAACCGCUGCAUUUCUUGGUCACACAUUGGAGUAACGACGUGUGGUCCCAGAUGUCCUACAGCUUCGUGAAGACAGGAGGCAGCGGCGAGGCCUACGACAUCCUGGCUGAGGACGUGCAGGGAAAAGUGUUCUUCGCUGGAGAGGCGACCAACCGACACUUUCCUCAGACGGUGACUGGAGCCUACCUCAGCGGGGUCAGAGAGGCCAGCAAGAUGGCGGCCAUGUGAGCUUUUAAAUCCCCGUCAGAGCUUCUCAAGCACACCAGCACAGACUCGCACCGAGCGACUCACCGUUUGUCCACUCAGACUGAGCAGAGCUAUCAGAACUGAAGGCCGGAGACGAUGUUUUCUUGCCGUACUGUGACGCGUCCGAUCAGCAGGACGCCGAGAAGUGGAAGUGCUCUUUUUUUUCUUUUUUUUUUUUUUUUUUUUUUAACAUCAAAAUCCGUCAGGUUAAAAACGUAAAUACUGAGAAGCGGCCAUGUGCAGCUCUGUGCUGGAAAACAGGAUGAAAUUCAGAGUUUCAUGACAUUUCUACUUCUGUGAACACAUUUCAUUUUUAACUAAUCAGGCUGCGGGAAACCUUGGUAAGACCUCCAUCGUCUAAUCACGGCUUUAACUCUGAGAAUUGAGAGGUUGUAUCGUAAAAUAUCUCCUCUGAGAGUCAAAACCAAAUGUUACAUCCAACGGUUGUGGAUUUGAAUUGUCCUGCUUGUGAUUAAUGUGUCGCCACUUGAACCGGGGAAAGGUUAGAUGUGUAGUACUUCUGUCAUAGCACUUUUGAUUUAAUACCGUAAGAAGAGAAAUGAAGAAAUGAUGUGUAGUUAAAUUCCCUGCAGGGCUCAGAUCAAUCAGAAGUUUGUCCCCUUAUUUUCUCAGGGAAGUGAUCUGGACAAAACCAACCAGCUGACAAAAAAAGAAAAUAAUGAGAAUGGACAAUUUUGAACAACCGAAGGAGAAAAAUAAAUAAUUGUCUUGUAUGAGUUCUUGAACAGUUUAGUUCCUGGAGUUUAGGGGAAUCGGGAAACAGCACAACAACGUCCUCACUUUGAAUAACGUCAACUAAUUAUGCUUCAUGUGUAGAUUCAUAUCUGUGUCUGGAUCAGUGCAUCGAUGUGAUCAUGUCCUGUUUGUCUGACUUCACACUGCUCGAUGUUUAUCUCAUAUGUGUCUAAUAAACUGAGCUGUGAACUGCCAGAAUGA